AUGGACCCCGAAAUGAACAAGCUCCUCAAAUGGAGUGUCACCAACUCCCAGGCAUCCGCAGGCGCUGAUGGCGAGGGCAGCGCCCCAAAUCUCCCAGCGGCUGCGUCAAAUCUGACCCCGCAAAUGGUCAACACACUCUUUGGCGGCCCCUCCGAGGCCGACCUGAUGCGGGCCGCGAUGGAGGUCGUGCACGACAACGAGUCCGACCUGGAGAACAAGUUGAUCGCAUUCGACAACUUCGAGCAGCUGAUUGAGGGAAUUGACAAUGCGAACAACCUCAUCCCGCUCAAUCUAUGGAAGCCGCUUGUCGAGCUGCUCAAGCACGACGAGGCCGAUAUCAGACGUAUGGCCGCUUGGUGUGUGGGAACAGCCGUGCAAAACAACCCCAAGGCACAGGAUAAGCUCGUCGACCUAAACGAAAUUCCCACCCUCGUCAACCUCGCCACUACAGAAUCCAACCCCGCAACCCGCAAGAAGGCAAUUUAUGCCAUCUCCUCUGCAGUCCGUAACCACCAGCCCGCCUUGGAUGCGCUGAAUAAGAGCCUUCCAGAAGGCUAUCCCACCGACAAGACCGAUGCCGGCGACAUGGAUGGUAUUGAUACUAUCAUGGAUAAGCUGCGGUCCCACCAGAUUGACGCCUCGGCAUGA